AUGGACCUCGAGGACAUCCAGGCUUACGUCCAGGCGGUCGAGAAGGAGGCAAAGAGCUGGCAGGACUGGGGCUCAGUGAAGGCACUCAGCCACGCGGAGGCGCAGAAGGUGCUUCGUGACCAAGUGCUAAGCAAGCGCAUCCUCCGGACACGCAGCUGCUUCCGCGACAAGAGCAAAGGUCUGGCAAAGCUUUCGGCAAAGUGCCGGGUAGUUGCCCUCGGGCACAAGGACCCAGACAUCUACCGGCUCAACAGGGAGUGUGCCACGACGAACCGGACCUCGGAACACGUCCACUUCGUCGUCCUGACCGCCGGCAGCAACGGAGAGUUCGGCACCUCGAAGAAGCGGUGGCAUGGAUGGUCUGUAGAUGCUUCUACAGCCUUUCUCCAAGGAGACUUGUCGGAUGCAGAGAGGUCACUUCCGCUCUACAUCCUGCCGCCCAACGACGGAGUGACCGCCCUCACCCAGUGCUGGAAGGCACCACUCUACUUGGUGUGUACCAACAUAUACGGGCUGCGCACCAAGACUGUGGUCACUGACAGUGGUGCGGCGCCUGACAGCCAGUUGAUUUCGAUUAUCAUUGUCUAUGUCGACGACUUUCUCGGCGCCUACCGCUCUGACUACGACGUGACGGAGGUCCACAAGGCCUUCAAGUGGGGGGCACUCCAAAACUUCGAGGUCGGCAAGACAGUGACCUUCAAGGGGAAGCAGAUCACUUUGAGGCAGCGCGCAAACCACCGCUACUACCUUCACGUGAGCCAGGUUGAGUUCAUUGGUGGUAUGGCCUCCGGCAAGAUCCCACGGGGCAGCAAGCUGGACGAGCCCCUCACUCCGGCUCAGCGAGCAGAGUUUCGCAGCGUGACUGGUUGCCUACAGUGGGUGGCCGGACAAAGCCGACCGGAGUUGUCGGCUGUCAACAGCCUCUCCAACCACGGAGGCGCUACAACCUUAAGUGACCUCGAGGCACUCUACGAGGCCGUGGACUUCGCCGCUGCCACCAAGGAGAACGGCUUCGUGAUCCCCGACAUCCCGGUGACUAAGGCGAGCAUCGUCAUCACCUUCAGUGACGCAAGCUGGGCAAACGCUGAGAACUGUCGUUCUCAAUGCGGUGUUUUGGUCUUACUUUGUGGGCCGAGCGUCCUCGAGAAACCUUCGCCAGCCAUGCUGCUUGACUGGCGAUCCAGCAGAACACAACGUGUAUGCCGAUCGACUCUCGCCGCCGAGGCUUCCGCAGCAGACGAAGGGUGCGACCGAGGAGCCUACGUGAACAUGUUCCUCAGCGAGCUCCUCUUCAACGAGCCGGCACACAAAGUGACUCCGAGACUCAGCCAGCUAGCAGUUACAGACGCCAAGUCCUUGUACGACUGCGUCAUCUCGGACAACCCAAACCUUACAGAUAAACGGUCCCUAGUUAACGUACGUGCUAUCCAGGAGGUGGUCCCCGGUAGCAACUUCCAUUGGGUACCGACAUUUCUCAUGUGGGCUGACGGGUUGACGAAGGCGAGCAAGGAACUUCAGCAGUCCUUGCAUGAGUGGCUUCAGUGCCCAAAAGUCACUCUUCGAGCACAGACUUCCUAA